GAGGCGUGGUUCUGCCUGCACAGAACGCUGCUACGUGUUCGGUUUGUUUCAGGAACUCGGGAUCGGAGUUUUGGAGUUUGCUGUGGAAAACCGUUUAUCACUUGUGGGAGAUUCUGUGCUGACUGCGGUUUGGAGAGCAAAAUGUUACCGACCACAGCGUAUUCUCCCCAAACCCAGGGAAACGGAUCUUUGAAUUCCAGAGAUGCCGCGCGCCAUACAGCUGGAGCAAAACGGCACAAAUACCUGCGCAGGCUCUUCCGAUUCACAGCGAUGGAUUUCGAGUUUGCAACAUGGCAGAUGCUGUACUUGUUCACAUCUCCACAGAAGGUUUACCGGAACUUUCACUACAGGAAGCAGACAAAGGAUCAGUGGGCCAGGGAUGACCCUGCGUUUCUUGUGCUGCUGAGUAUCUGGCUGUGUGUCUCCACUUUAGGUUUUGCUUUUGUGCUGGGAAUGGGAUUCCUGGAAAUGAUUAAGCUGCUUUUGUGGGUCGUCUUUAUUGACUGCAUAGGUGUUGGACUUCUGAUCUCGACCUUAAUGUGGGUUAUCUCCAACAAAUACUUAAUGAAACCAGAGAGCAAAGACUACGAUGUGGAGUGGGGAUAUGCAUUCGACGUGCAUCUCAAUGCCUUCUACCCACUGCUGGUCAUUCUGCAUUUCAUUCAGCUGUUUUUUAUUAAUCAUAUUGUAUUUAUCAACCACGAUUGGUUCAUUGGUUGCUUUUUUGGGAAUACACUGUGGUUGAUUGCAGUUGGCUAUUACAUCUAUAUUACUUUUCUUGGAUAUAGUGCACUGCCCUUUCUGAAGAACACAGUAAUUAUGCUGUAUCCCUUUGCACUCCUGGUUUUACUGUACAUGUUAUCACUGGGAUUGGGGUGGAACUUUACCAAAGGACUUUGCUGGUUCUACAAGUUCAGGGUACAGUGAAAGUCUGAAAUGACUUUUUAAAAGGACACUAUACUAAGGCUUGUGUUGAAGCAUAGGAUGUUUUUUUUGUUUGUUUGUUUUUUUUAAGCCUGUAAAUAAAAUUAUAUUCUUUGUAGAGCAGGUUUGAAUCCUGUUUUAUAAAGGUAGUGUGUUUCUUUAUUAUUUUGAUGACCAGACCUUUCACAGCAUUUAAAAUCUGCAUUGAAAAAAUAAAUAUUAGCCAUUUCAACUGAGGACAACUCUUAUUAUAUUUACUUAACUGAAACAAUGUACAUUCCUGAAAGUCUUAAACUGUCUUUUUAAUAAAGAAGUUUACAUUUAUUAGUUUGUUGUUCAAUAUUGAAUGAACAUUUUUUAUAACAAAGACAGACUAUCACACUAAUAAAUGGUUAGGAACAA